AUGGAGGGGAUCUACCCAGGAAGCAAGAUCAGAGGCUCCCCUGCCCACACUGGCUCCACAUCCAUGAGCCCAUCAGCAGUCUUGCCCACAGGGAAGCCAAUGGACAGCCACCCCAGCUACACGGACACUCCAGUGAGUGCCCCACGGACACUGGGUGCUGUGGGAACCCCCCUCAAUGCUCUCGGUUCUCCCUACCGAGUCAUCACUUCUGCCAUGGGUCCACCCUCAGGAGCAUUGGCAGCCCCUCCAGGCAUCAACUUGGUGGCCCCACCCAGCUCUCAGCUAAAUGUUGUCAAUAGUGUCAGCAGCUCUGAGGACAUCAAGCCCUUACCAGGUCUGCCUGGGAUUGGAAACAUGAACUAUCCAUCCACCAGCCCCGGGUCUCUGGUGAAACACAUCUGUGCCAUCUGUGGAGACAGAUCCUCAGGAAAGCACUACGGCGUAUACAGCUGCGAAGGCUGCAAAGGCUUCUUCAAAAGAACCAUAAGGAAAGACCUCAUCUACACCUGUCGGGAUAACAAAGACUGCCUCAUUGACAAGCGCCAACGCAACCGCUGCCAGUACUGUCGUUACCAGAAGUGCCUGGUCAUGGGCAUGAAGAGGGAAGCUGUGCAAGAAGAAAGGCAGAGGAGCCGGGAGUGAGCCGAGAGUGAGGCAGAAUGUGCCAGUAGUGGCCACGAAGACAUGCCUGUGGAGAGGAUUCUAGAAGCUGAACUUGCUGUGGAACCAAAGACAGAAUCGUACGGUGACAGGAACAUGGAAAACUCGACAAAUGACCCUGUUACCAACAUAUGCCAUGCUGCUGACAAGCAGCUCUUCACCCUUGUUGAGUGGGCCAAACGCAUCCCCCACUUCUCAGACCUCACCUUGGAGGACCAGGUCAUUCUGCUCCGGGCAGGGUGGAAUGAAUUGCUGAUUGCCUCCUUCUCCCACCGCUCAGUAUCUGUCCAAGAUGGCAUCCUGCUGGCCACAGGCCUCCAUGUCCACAGGAGCAGCGCUCACAGUGCGGGUGUUGGCUCCAUCUUUGACAGAGUCCUCACUGAGCUGGUUUCCAAGAUGAAAGACAUGCAGAUGGAUAAGUCAGAGCUCGGGUGCCUGCGAGCCAUUGUGCUCUUCAACCCAGAUGCCAAGGGUUUGUCCAACCCCUCUGAGGUGGAGACUCUUCGAGAGAAGGUUUAUGCCACGCUUGAGGCCUAUACCAAGCAGAAGUAUCCGGAACAACCGGGCAGGUUUGCCAAGCUGCUGCUGCGCCUCCCAGCUCUGCGCUCCAUCGGCUUAAAGUGCCUGGAGCACCUCUUCUUCUUCAAGCUCAUCGGGGACACGCCCAUUGACACCUUCCUCAUGGAGAUGUUGGAGACCCCACUGCAGAUCACCUGA